AGGAUAUGGAGAAGAACCGUUUUCUAUGGAGACAUCUGAAUUUUUCCCACUCACCGCUAUGUCAGAUAUCCACACAGACCCAGUCAGGCAAGCAUCAGCCCAAAGAAAAAAAAAUUUUCAUCAUGAACCACAUUACGAUAGAGAACAGGGGGACAAGUCUACGAUAUACCAGUCAGUUACGGGAGUACUGUACUUGGUGAUGAGUCGAGAGGCCGAGGUUUAACGAAGAA